UGAUUUUUUAUUUGUGAGUUGUCAGGUUUUUUGCUCAUGUAAACAAGUCGAGAUUUUUUUCCCUCCGAGGGGGAUUUCCGCGGAAAUUAUCAGUAUCACACUGUGAAAAAUCAUAACUCUUGCUUUUCUAAUAGUGUCAAAAGCCAUUCCUUGAUUUUCACACCAGAAUAAAUUGAUAAACCAAGAUAGUAAAAUGGCUGUCGACGUAUUGAUAUCAUUCUUACCUUGUGAAGUUAUUGAGUACAUUCUCGAGAGUGAUAAUAUUAAAAUCAAAGAUGUCAUGAAUUUUGCAAUGACUUGCAAACAUGUGUAUAGAUCUGUGACAAAUAGUAAUAAACUUUGGAGGACUAAAUUUCUUCAGAGGUGGCCAAAUUUGAGAGAAAUCUACGAGAAAAUGGACAAAGACGAGUACAAAGUGUCAGAUUGGAUGGAGGAAUUCCACAGUUCAUUGGAGAGCCGAAAAAAAUUGAUGGAGGAAUUAUCAGAAAUGUCUGCAAACCACUACAAAAAGCAAGAGAUUUCUCACAGCGGUUUGAAGAAUUUUCUACCACUUUUUCGUUCUGAAUUGGGGGCACAUCCAAUGGCUUAUCACUUCCUCAUCGACGAGCUUAUCCAAUUGGUAGAACGUCCAGUCCUGGAAUGCAACCUGACCCACAAGCAUUACGCCUACAAAGUGAUAAGAUAUCUGAGACAAUGUUUUCUGGCUGACGAGUGGUCAAAAUUCCUAAAUCUUCCAGUGGAGUAUCAAACUCUGGAGAAAGGGGCUGUCCUUGUAUCACAAUGGAGUCAACCUGAGAGACGUGUUUCAUACAAAUACGUUGCCUCGAUGUUAGAUAAUAUUGCCGACUACACGAAGCAAUUGAUCAAGGAGAAAUACCCAUCCCACCCAAUUCUCUCUCAAUCACCAGAAACAUUGAGCGAGUGGAGGGAAAAAAAUAUAUCGGAUAAUCAGUGGAGCUCUGGUGAUACCAGACAAGUAAUGACUGCCCUCUGCGAGGUAAUGUUCGAUAGAAUGAUGUUCCAUGGAAACAGCGAGAUGUAUUAUUCCUCUGAAAAUUCAUUCGUCGAUCGAGUUUUAGAGAACAGGAGAGGAAUUCCUAUAACACUUGCUAUAGUAUUUGAGAGUGCAGCUAGACGAUUAGGUGUGCGUUGUGAGGCUGUAUCAUUUCCCGCUCACUUUCUUCUUCGCUGGAAAGAGAAAUAUAAUGUACCAGAGUCUGAGGAAUGCGAGAGUUUCUACAUCGAUGUAUUCAAUGGAGGACAGUUCCUGACGAAGAACAGUUGUCCGAGAAUAGGUGGAGUAUCAAAAUGUCCAAUUGAAAAAUAUAAUGUUCAUAAUGGAGCUACAGCAGUGGAGGUAGUCCAGAGAAUGGCAAAUAAUCUCGAAGUCGCUGGCAGACAGAGAACACAUUUGAAUGGUCGAGCUGCACGUCUGCGUUCUGCUCUGGAGCUUCUCCACUUAGUCCGACCUUACGAUACGUCAACAAUUCUCCAUCUAGCACGAUUUUAUAUUCUUCAUCAGAUGGAUUUAAUGGAGCUCGUUCAAGUGUUGAAUGAUAUACAGAAAAAUCUUGAAUUAACUUCACGUGGACAGGCGACCCACAUUCUCCAGAUGCUCCAUGAUUACGAAAAACAUAUGAAAGUUAUUCCAGAGGAAGAUCUCAGCCCGAAAAUACGUACACCCGAGGUGAAGUACGCUAUUGGCAUGAUAAUGAAGCACAGGACUUAUGAGUACUCUUGUGUUAUCACUGGAUGGGAUAAAAAAUGUGAGGCAUCACCCGAAUGGAUGAAUGAAAUGGGAAUUGACGAGUUGAAUGAUGGAGCUAAUCAACCAUUUUAUUAUUUAUUUGUCGACGAUGGAUCUUCACGAUAUGCAGCUCAGGAGAAUUUAAUUGUAGCACCAUCACCGAGGUGGGUUAAUCACGACGAGGUUGGAAGGUAUUUUUAUAAAUUUUGUGUUGCUUAUUAUCUGCCGAAUGAGGAAAAGGAGAGAGAAUAUCCAGAUGAUGGAAAAGUCAGGGACGAGCUCCUAGGGAUUCAACAGUGAGAGUGCGUCGUCCCGUAAAGAUGAUUUAUGAUUAGAAUUGAAAGGGAAAUUUUUUUAAAUAUACCAUCGAUUGAAUUUCCGUGAAACAUUUAGAAUUAAAAUCCCAAAAUGUCAUCAAUGAUCAAAUGAUCGAAUGCUGAGUAUAAAUAAUUCAGUGAGUGGUCAGAAAUAUUAUAUUAAUUGCAAGAUUUUUCCUCCAUCGAUACUAUACACUUGAAAAUCGACAAUGAUGAGAAGAGACAUAUAUUUAUAUUAUUUAACAUUUACUAGAACUCUCUACAUUGCAUAAUGCUAACAAUAAAUAUUAUUACAAUAUUGAUCGUUCGAGACAACUAGUCUGCUCAUUGUAAAUAGAUCUUCUGGAUACUUAUUUUUAAUCAUCAACUCAGAACACGAGCGAAAUCCAUUUGAAAUGACAGAACAUGUAAAUAGAAGUGAAACAAUCAUUUCUGCAUGGAAGUUGAAUUAAAAAUAAUUGUACGCAACAUGUAAUCAAUAAUGCAGUUGUGAAUUUAUUGAAAUAACUUAGAAAAUUCAUCAAUAUGUUUAAUUAUAAAAAAAGAAAAGAAUUAA